GUGGCAAACCGACGGGCACGUCAAAUCUUUCGGAACAUGAACUUCGCGUUGAGUUUAGAGGGAAUUGAAGAGGUGUCAAAUCAAGCAGAGGACAGACCUUCUAGUUCAAGUUUUUGUUCGGACAUAUCACAAUCAGCGCCUUCAGAUUCAGAACAAGAAACGAACAUGCUUGAAACUCGCUCUACAUCUUGUAAGAAAAAAACUACAUCGCAAACUACCAUAUCAAAUGAUCGAGACCUAGAAGCAGACAAUCCAGUAGAUGAAUUGACUGAUGACAAAGAAACUACAAACAAAAUUAGACGUAAAGGCAAGGCAACCCCUAAUAGUUUGAAGCGUUUACAAGCAAAAAUUUUAAGGAAUCAGGGAAAAUCGUAUGUGAGUGAAAGGAACAAACUGGUUCCUGAAAGACGAUUGAAAUCCCCAUGUGGAGAUCAAUGCAGAUUGAAAUGCAAAGAAAACAUUACAGAAUUACAGAGACAAAAGUUAUUUCAAAACUACUGGGAAAUUGGUGACUUGAAGCGGCAGCGAGAAUAUAUUAAACAGCACAUUUCAGAAAUUAAGCCGAAAUACUCGUACAAAAUACACAACAGUAAUCGGGGAAACAAAUUUGCUUUCUAUUUUUCGGUAGCAAAUAAAAAAAGUAGAGUGUGCAAAACUUUCUUCAAAGCCACUCUUGAUAUCACUGACAGGCCUAUCAGGACUGUAAUCCAAAAAACCAAAGACACGGGAAAUUUAGAAGAUCGACGAGGAAGACACAAAAAACCACGCUUAUAAUUCAAAUUGUUACGAAUUCGUCAUAAAAGGGCACAGUCAAAAUGAGGGUGACAGUGUUCAUACUAAAGAGGGUCAAUUUAGAAGAAGCUUUGGAGCGAUAUACACAUCAUUAAUACACACAGACAACAGGGGCGGAGCAGUAAAGAAAAAUGUUGCAACAACAGAAAACAAUAUUCAAACUAUUUUUACGCGUACGAAGUCGCGGGCACAGAAUCAGAUUGUCUGUGUAUAAAAAAAUACUUCAAACUACGUGUUAUUUCACUGUAAUGUAUUGAUAAUUGUGUAGAUAACACAUAAAUAUAUUUUAGAAAUAAAUGACAAGCCGACGGACACGUCAAAUGUUUCGGAACAUGAAUGUUACGUUGAGUUUCAAGGGAAUGGACGAAGUGUCUAAUGAAGCAGAGGACAGACCAUCUGGUUCAAGCUCUUGUUCGGACAUAUCACAAUCAGCGUCCAGUGAUUCAAAACAAGAAACGAACAUGCUUGAAACUACAUCUUGUAAGAAAAAAACUACAAAAAAAUCUGCAUCACAAGUUAAUGUAUCAGAUGAUCGAAACUUAGAAAUAGACAAUCUGGCAAGUGCCAAAGAGACAAAUAAAAUGAGACGUAAACGCAAAGCAAACCCCGAUAGUUGGAAGUGUGUACGAGCAAAAAUUUUAAGGAAUCACGGCAAAGCGUAUGUAAGUAAAAGGAAUAAACUAGUUCCUGCGAGACGGUUGAAAACCCCAUGCGGAGAUCAGUGCAAAUUAAAAUGUAAAGAAAAAAUUACAGAAUUACAAAGACAGAUUUUAUUCCAAAACUACUGGGACUUUGGUGACUUGGAACGGCAGCGGGAAUNAAGGUGCGAUAUUAAACAGCACAUUUCAGAAACUAAGCCCAAAUACCCGUACAGAGUACACAACAGUAAUCGAGCUAACAAUUGUGCUUUUUAUCUUUCGGUAGGAGAUAAAAAAAUCAGAGUGUGCAAAACUUUUUUCAAAGCUACUCUUGAUAUCACUGACAGGCCUAUCAGGACUGUAAUUCAAAAAACCACAGAGUCAGGAAUUUUAUUAGAAGAUCGUCGAGGGAAACACAAUAACCACCCUUGUAAAUUUAAAUUGUCACCAAUUCCUCAUAAAAGGUCACACUCAUAAUGAGAUGUGGGUAAAUCCAAAAGAGCGAUUUACACACCAUAUACAUGCACACUGAUGAUACGUUGUGAAAAGAAGCUGGUAGCCCUACAAAGUUUAAAAAUUAAGGCUCUUUCGGACGUUUUGACACGGACAAUUGUCGUCCGUUUGUAGGACACAUUUUAUGAUAAUUGCGUUGGAAUAAAAUUGACCAGCAGUAGGUACCUGCUGUGUGAGAAAUUGCUGUCCGGCUCAAAACGUCUAAUUUAAAAGAGCUCUUUUACCGACUUCCAUCAUUAUUAUGUCACAAGUUAAGCAACUGCUGUUGACUAGAAUUUAAA